GUUUUCCGUAGGAGGAGCCUGACAGUACGGCGCUACAUUUCCGUUCACAUUGAGCUGAACAGCCAGUUAUACCAAAACUCAGGAAACGCAUGACACGGAACCGAUACGCGCGAGCCCGUGAAUGGAGCGUGCUGUCGGGAUGUUCUUCUCAGCUGUCCACUUCCUCUCCUUGAUGUGGGUGGUUCAUGCCACCCUAAUAGAAGCUCCGGCCACUGACCAAUCAGGGCCACAAUGUGUCAACUGGGGUGUGUAUGAAAGGAAAGCAGUGAGAGUGUAUGAGGGUGAAGCAGGGAGAAUACACUGUCCGCUCUUCUCACACCCGAAGCUGUAUAACUACGCUCAGAUCCAGAGCACAGGACACACACUGCUCUGGUACAAACACACACAAGAGCUGGAGGAGCCGGUUGACCUGAGCCUACCGAAGUUCGUCAAACAAAGAGACGCACUGUGGAUACAGCCGGCUAGCAUGCAGGACACAGGAGAGUACAUCUGCAUUCUCAGGAACAUGUCAUCUUGUGUGAAGAUCGGAGUUCGAUUGGAUGUGGUUCCCCGUAAGGGUGACUGUGACCACACGCUGCAGAUUUACGUCAAAGUCCCAAUGCUGAGCAACUUCACGCUUCGCUGUCCCAAUCUGCAGCACCUACCAAACAAGACACACAAAGUCAUCUGGUACUAUAAUUGUGAGCAUGGCUUUAUUGAUCACAGCUUCAGAGAAAUGGAUGGUGACGAUGUGAUAAUCAAUCAGAUGUUCGUUUUGUAUGAAGGCCCUUACACCUGCGUCGUCAUCUACCAGAGCAAUGGACACACACUCAACUACACACAUACCAUCAACCUCCGAGCCAUGUCCAACCUUGGACACAAAGAGCCAAAGAUAAUGAAUCCAACUUCAAAGGAAAUUUACACCGUUAUUGUGGGUAAGAAUGCCAAGCUUGUGUGCCGUGCCUUCCUGCCAUACCUUGAUGAGGAGCAGCAGGUGUGGUGGAGCAUCAACAACAAGACACUAGAGGAACUGUCAGAGCCUCGAUACACCUCUCCUGCAUUCCAGGUGCUGAUAGAUGAUCAUGGCGACCAAACUGUUGAGAGAGUGUUAAAUGUGUCGCCGUUUAAAGAAGAAGACCUGCACAAAGAGUUUCGCUGCUCUGUUCAGAACAGCAAAGGAUUCGACAGCAGAGACGCCACGCUGAAGGAGGAGGUGUAUGUUCCUUCUGUGGAGCUCGGCUGUGGUCUCGGUGUGACUCUGGUUCUUGCAUUGUUGCUCUUUGUGUUGUAUCGUGUCUUCUGGCUUGAGGUGCACCUUCUCUAUCGCUCCUGGUUCGGCACGGAUGAGAGAGACAGAGAUGAUAAGGAGUAUGAUGUGUACAUCUCAUACGCACGCAACACAGAGGAGGAGGAGUUUGUCAUGACAACACUGAGGCGUGUGCUGGAGGCAGAGUUCGGAUACACAGUGUGUAUAUUCGACAGAGACAGCCUGCCAGGAGGAACUGUAACAGAGGAGACUCUGCAAUUCGUCAGUCGUAGUCGGCGCUUGCUGGUCAUACUGAGUGCAUGCAGUGCGUUUCGGGAUGCCCAGGCUCUCCUGGAGGUUCGGGCGGGUGUGUCUGCCAUGCUGCAUGGGGGCAGCGUGAAGCUUGUGCUGAUCCAAUUCAAACCCACUCAUUUGUCACGUGACAAGAGUAACAAACGAGACACACACAAGUGUGUGAAAGAGCUGCUGCGUGCACGUAUCGCUCUAGCGCUCGUCCGGUGGGAAGGAGAAAAGUCAGCCUCACUCUCGUCACACUUCUGGAAGAAACUGCGGCUGCAGCUGCCUAUGCGCACACCGACACACAUGACAAAACAUACAACACACGAUACGUCGUAUACCGACGAUAAAGGAAAAUCGGAGAGUACAGUGCUAAUGCGGGAAAAGUUACACACUCCUAACACACACUCCCAAAACAACGCGACACAAAUGGACAUGUUACAUAAAACAUAAUCACUAACAACAGCGUGUGUGUGAGAGAGAGAUAAAUGCCAUGUGGGCGUGUCAGGGUAAGAAAAUAGCUUUUUUGCACCAAAAAAUAUGGAUGUGUAAAAUUAUAGCUUUAUUUUUUUUUAAAGAAAUGUUUUCACUAUUAAGAGUAAAGUGUUUUUACUGAUAGUUUUAGAACAUAUUUGUAAAUACAUUUGAAAAGAAAAAAACAACAUGAGUAAUGACCACAAAUGCCGAAAUUACUCAACUAACUAGCGCUAAAAGGCGGCGCUGUCAGUGGAACAUCUUGGCUAAAAGUCAGAUGCAGGGUAAAAGAUAGCAUCUGUUUGCUGACAUUCAAUAUUUGUGUUCCUAGCCAAUAUGAAUCAUGCAUCUUGUUAAUCUGGUGAAGGUCUGUCAGAUUAGAUCUCUAAAUAGCUGAAGUUAGCUAUUUUAAAGUUUAUUUUUCUUCUAGAAAUUACUAACUUUCAAGUGCUAACAAUAGCAACCUUCAUUGUAUUAGCAGAAAUAUAUUCCUUCCCUAUGAAUGCUAUCUUCUGGCAAAAAGAAUAUGUGAAAAAUGUUUGCAGAUCAAUGGCUUUAUAAAAUGCAGUACUAAAUAUAUUUCACUUGGUAGUGUUACACUGAGGAAUUGUAACUUGCUAGUUAUCUAUUGUCACUAUUUAUUUAUUUUUAAACACAUCCUGUACAUUCAGCAUUUCAUUGUGUGUUACAGUAUUCAUGUCAUUCAGCCAUUUUGUAUUUUUGAUUUUGUGCCGUUUCAUCUGUGUCAUUACUGAAAUGAAUAAACAUCAUGUUCAUA